AUGAGCAUUAGAAAGAUGAAGCAACUAGAGAAGAUAGAUUUAAAGAAUUGUGGGUUUGCUAAGAUACCUGAAGUGAUAUGUGGAAUGAAAACUAUAAAUAAAACUGAUGCAAAAGGAAACUCCUAUAAAGAAUGUGUACCUGUACUUAUGAUGGAAAAUCUAAGGGCAGUGAAUUUAACAGGCAACAAUAUAGGGCGUAUUAAAGCAAAUGUAGUUGAUAUGUUGGAAAAGAACGAAAAAUUGCAUAUAUGGCUGGAUGUAGAAAUAACAUCAAACGUGAAAAAAAUCGCGAUGAUAAUAAAGAGCAAGCCAAGGAUGAUAGCAAUUCUAAUGAAGGUCAAGCUAAGAAAAAUAGUAAUUCUAAGGCAAGCCAGGCUAAGAAAAAUAACGAUUCUAAUGAAGGCAAUAGCAAAUAUAAGUAUCUUAAUUUGGCCAAUUUAG